AACAGCAGCGAGCACACAUAUCCCAUAUCCACCCACACCACACACCACCAUUAGAAUAUCCACAUUUGAUCCAUACAUACAUACAUCUUAGCUAUACUACUGGCAAUCUAAAGCACCUACCUAUACAUCCAUACCCACCUUGGUUCACAUCUUACCACCUACUUUCACAUCAAUCACCACCACACUUCUCUUCCUUUCCUUGAAUUGCGCGCUGCUCCUUCUUCCACCCCUCCCGCUCAUCCUCACACUCUCACUCCCUCGUCCGUUAAAUUCCACUUGCUCGUCUGCAUUGUGAUAUAUAUUCAUUGUUCUUUCCGCAGUUGUAUAUUUUUACCCCAUUCGAAUGUAUUAGGAAGAAGAAUAAAAGAGAGUUUCGAUAAUAUUUUUGGGCAUGAACCCCCCGGUACCAGUCAAAUACAGCCACAGAUCUGAUUUCCCGCCAACAUACUAAAUUCUAGUUAACUACUCCGUUAGUUCUCCCCCUUCAUACACUAACUACUCCAACCUUUUUACCAACACCAACAUUUUUGCUUACCUCCUUCGUUCCAGUUUGACUGACUUUAAUUACAGUCGCCUCCUUCGUUCCUUGCCUCGAGUUUCCUGCUUUACGAUAUCGAAAUUUUCGAUUCCUCACCUGCAAGUAGUAAACUUUUUAAGAUUCGUUUUAUCACACACCUAUAAUAUAUACGCGCCCUCAUCACUCAAUCACUGAAACCAAAGUCGAAACGAGCGGCUGCGAGACUCCUUCAAUUCUUUCGGUUUCAAUUUACAUCUUUCCAUACAUCUUUAAUUCUAUCGCCGCCCACAUUACUUCAAAUUUUUAGACUCCAUUCAUUUGUCUGUAGAAGUGGUCAGCCAGUCAUUUCUUAUUCAACGCACCAUAUACAUUCUUACUCACGAUCGUUGAACGACAUAUAUCUACGGCUUCCGUAAUCUACAUGAAAUUCGGUCUUUCUAACAAUAUUAUUUGAUUCCGAGAUCGCUCGAUCCGUCGAUUUGUGACUUCAAAAACUUGACGCUAUUCGGAUUAACUUUGGAACCAACAGUGUAAUAAAGAUGGACUACGUUCAACCCACCUUCCAACAUUUCUCGCAUCAUCCGAGCCUUGAUCAAUUAGUUUCUCACAUGGCAUCAGGGGGGCCCUACAAUGACCAUCAACAUAUUAUUCACGGAUAUUCCUUAUCCCAACACCCAUCCAACAUGAUGAAUAUGUCUAAUGGACAGAAAACCAACGAGACGAAGCCUCGUCUAGGGAAAGAAGAAGUUGACAUCUUGGAGCGUGAAUUCAAGAGAAAUCCAAAGCCCACGACUCAAACUAAACGUAUCUUUGCUGAGGAUAUGGGGGUCGAUUUGGCGAGAAUUAAUGUAAGAACAAAAAUGGAGUGAACUUGAACGUCUUAGUACUGACAUGUAGCAGAAUUGGUUUCAAAAUCGUCGAGCCAAACGCAAGCAAGAGAAAAAGACGGAAGCAUAUGAGGCUGGUCAAGCGCGGGAAGCACUAGGAUUCUCAGUUUCCGCGCCCUCAUCUCCGGAAUUUCCUCAAAAUAAUUACAAUAUCGAUUAUCAAAUGGUGCCACAACAACCAUCUUCAAUGCCAUUCUCUACAACCGGUCCCCCACCAGCGACGGCUCCUUAUAAUCCACAAUACCAAGAUCCCACUUCGGCGAGUCUCGAGUCUCUUUCACGUACGAUGGCUGUUGUUCAAGCCGCGUCCCAAGAUGGAGGAUUUUCUGAAAACUUUAGUUUACACCACAAUGGACCUCAGCUCGCAGACAUGUUAGGUAUGGCAGAGCCAUCUGAUCUUGAUCGUGCUUCAUUCCCUACUACCAAUAACUUUCAUAACUUCGAAGGCAAUCCUUUCGCUUUCCAACCCACUUUUCAAAAUGAUAUGUUCCAUGAACCAGACCCAUUGGAUUCAUUUGUUUCUGUAGAAUCUGGACAUACACCAACAGCGUUCAAUACCUUCUCUGAUGCAAGCACUACACGGUCGCUCUCAAUAGCCUCGGCUUCAUCUCAUGCAAUUCCUCAAUCUUUCACAGAUCUUACUUUUAGGCCACACGAAAGCGGCGAAGACCAAGGCCUAGACCUCAGUCAUGACGCAACAUCUUCCCUAACACAGCCCCUCAGCUGGAAUGUCAGGUCCGGCUCAUCUCCUCCACCAGCCUCGUCUCUCUUCAAAUCCCCACCUCCACCAACAGAUCUAGCCUCCAGACGAAAGAAGGUCCAUGUUAAACCGGCCGCCUUAGGAACAGACACGAUGCGAGGUAGACCAUCGAUGGGCCCAAGGACCGUAUCGAACAUUGAUGGAUUCCGUCGCCAAGUAGUCAGCCCUCUACCUUCCCCAAUGCGCAGGAUCGCUUCAGCAGGCGGCAAUGUUUUAACUGGUCGUAUUCAAAAGCCUGGAAUCGAGUCGGCACAGCGGUCGCCUAUCAAUAUACAAGGAUUCGAAAAUGCUGGUUCGUUUAUGGAACAGCAUUUCCACAUGAUUCGCCAGCCUAGUUUGACAGCCGGUUCAUCUCUCACGAGUAGCUUGGCACCACCAACGCCAAUGUCGCCUAGGGAAAGACAAAUGUCAUUGAAGAGGGAAAAUUCAUCAUCUCAAGACAACUUGAACUAUUUGUUCAACUUGCAAGGCCAUGAUGGUCUUUCCGCUUUGGUAGACCCCAACCAAGCCACUGACCAAACACCACCAGAGACUCCACAAGCCUCUCUAGGACUCCAACCAACACCUACGUCCGGAUGGCCGACCAACGCCAAUCACCACAAUGCUGAGCAACACUGGAAUUACGAAAUUCCAGAUGAUCCUCUCUAUACCCCCAACCACGAUUCUUUCGCCAGUGAAUUAUCGAUGCCUCAUCCUUCGUACGCCAGUCAACCAGUAACGCCAGCUUUUGGUAGUUUCAACCAAGGAGGCCUUCUCUUGGGUAAUAGUCAUGACUCCCCGCAAUUCAAUAACAAUGCCAGUCCGUUAUAUACAUUGUCGAAUCAGGGCGGAUCUGCUGAAUAUUCGUUUCCGCAUGAUGGGCUUUCACCAUUUCCAAAUCUUGGAUUAGUCGGCAGUUCUCCAACAAUGACAACGAAACAGAAACAAUAUCAGUUUUCUAAUGUUACUCCAGCUGACUAUUCGGAGAAAUGAGGUGGUAUAGACAGAGUCGUUUUCGUACGGUGGUGACUCGUGCUCUUCGUAUAGGCAGUGUGAUUCCUUUGAAUUUUUUUGUCCCCGGAUAUUGACAUACUGGCGAAGCGUCGAUAUCCCCUAAAUCGUAACCAGAUCGAUUUAAAACCCACUGGCAUUGUACAAUAGCAAUUUCCAUGGCUGGGUAUCGGCAUUCAAGCGUUUCAUUCUGUACCUUCGUUUUUUCUCAUUUUUCUUGAAUCUUUACUUGCAGCAAAUUGGUUGUCAUACAAUGAAUGGCACGAUGCCUCUCACUUAAUUAAUAAUUUCUAAAUGGCAUGGAUGUUGUGUCGUUUUUGUUAAUGUUCAUGAUGUAUAGGAGGGGGAGUGGCAGGGGUAGGAAUGU